ACGGCCUUAAAGGGGAACCGGAACCGGAGCCGUGCGGGGGGCGGCAGCGCAGGGCGGCCCGGCCGGGCCCAAAGGUCGGCGGAGGCAGCGCCAGGAGGGACCCAGCCAUGGCCGACGACCUGAAGCGGUUCCUCUACAAGAAGCUGCCGAGCGUUGAAGGUCUCCAUGCCAUUGUGGUCUCAGAUAGAGAUGGUGUGCCUGUUAUCAAAGUUGCCAAUGACAAUGCUCCAGAACAUGCUCUGCGACCUGGCUUUCUGUCCACCUUUGCCCUUGCCACAGAUCAGGGCAGUAAAUUAGGGCUUUCCAAAAACAAAAGUAUCAUCUGCUAUUACAACACGUACCAGGUGGUGCAGUUCAAUCGCUUGCCUCUGGUAGUCAGCUUCAUUGCCAGCAGCAGUGCCAACACGGGGCUGAUUGUAAGUUUAGAGAAGGAGCUCACACCCCUGUUUGAAGAGCUGAGGCAGGUGGUUGAAGUUUCUUAACCUGCUGGCAUAGCUAGAGUGCAGCAUCCCUCUGCAGCCCAGUGGACAAGAGAUCCAAUAACCCUCAACCAAAUAACACGUCUUAGAAGAAAUACCACAGAGCUCCUUAGGAUACUAAGUAAGAGUAAAUUGUACAUAGUGCUGAAACCAUCUGCUCCUGUCUUGUAGGUGGAUGUUACUUUAGGCCACACUUCUUAGGUUGUGCAGUCCUGCAGAGACCACCAAAAUAGCUCCCAUGGAGUUGAGCUCAGGCAGCUGAGCCAGGUCAGCAGGAUGCUGUUGGCUCACAGGAGCAACCACAGCUCUCUUGCUGCACAGGGAACUGUGCACAUGGUGGGGUUUAUCCCCAGGGUGAUGGUAACACUGCACAACUGCUCCAAGGGGUGGCUGGAAGAGUAUUGUGAGAGAAGUUUCCUGGUACAAUCAGUAAAUAUCCCAGCUUGCUCAGGCAGGUGAUCCUUUGGCAAGGAAGUGCUACUAAUCUGGAUGCUGGCUGCAUCCUGCUUCCACUAAGGAGAAAGCUAUUUCUGUGAAAGAUGUUGCUUUAGGGGUUUUCCUGAUGCCCAGAUAAAAGCACCUCAACAAUGUCUCACUUCUUCAUGGGGUUCUUGUGUAAAAAGCUUGUGAAGUUCUCAUGGUCUUUGUGUGGGUUCAUCACCAGUGACACUCUUGGCUCAUUUACCCUUAGGUUUUCCUAAGUAAAUAAAUAUAAAUAAAAUACAGUAUUUUUAAAUGACAGAGCCUCGUCCACUCUUCUAUUGACCUGUUAAUCCACUGCAGUACAUCAGCUUUUCUGAGGAGGCAAACAGGCAUCUUUUCAUUGUUUGCUAAUACACAAAAUCCAGGAGCUUACAGGCUGAAAACCAACCAGUGUGUGUGUCAGUGGGGUGAUGCUCAGAGUCCUUUGCCUCUGCAGAUGCUACUGCUGACUCUCCUCUUGCUGAGGUUUCAUCCCAUGCACUUUUUCCUGCCUUAUCCCCCCCAGAUUCCCCUUUUAUGGCUGCUAUGUAGGGUUCCAGCAGUGGAGACAAGGACUGCUGGCCUGAGGGAGAACUCUUGGCAGUCUCUGCCUCAGGCUUGGGAAGGUGGUGACUCUGCUCCCCCAUUUACACC